GCCUUGUUUGUUGCCUUUGCCUUUCCUUCACUUGUUUCUAAGGGCGUUCUUGGAGAGUCGGCUAUUGACUAUCUUUCAAGCUCAGGAGCCGAACACGUCUUGCUUGACACAACAAUCUCAACAUCCUCGACCAAGGUAGCCAAGUCGCCAAGUCCACUGAAGCUGCCUCCUGGACCCUAUCUAGCAACAAGUUCCGGUAAUGUGAUCAGCUUCUCAACGGUAUACCGCCUUUACAGCGACGACCACGACAACUUUCUGUAUGGCUCGUACGAACCCAACGAUGGCACCGGUAGCUACACAGCCAUUGACCACAGAUUUCCUGGAUCUGUGUUCGCGACUAUUCCGGUUCCUUCGCGCUUGUACUCUCUUUACGACACUCGGCCCUUCGCGGGCUUCAGAGUUGGCGUGAAGGACUUGUUCGACAUGAAAGGCUUAAAAGCGUCAGGCGGAUCUUUAGCAUGGCAAUCCAUCCAGAUCAUUGAGCUGGGAGGUGUUCUUAGCUGGGAAGACUUCAAUUACCCGUUCAAUCCUCGCGGUGACGGAUACCUGAGCUGCUCGGCGUCCUCUUCUAGCAGUACCUGCGCUGUUGCAGCGUACGACUGGCUCGACUAUGCUAUUGGAACCGAUACUGGGGAAUCUAUGCGUCACCCAGCGGCUGUUUCUGGUAUCUAUAGCCAGCGUCCAAGUCAAGGAAUGAUUUCUCUCGAGAACGUACUUCCGCUUGGAUUCGCUACUAACACAGCUAGUAUCUUUACCCUGCAGUACAUGGGUAUGAUAUCGCGUGAGACACGUGCGACACACUUUGCUAAGCACUGGUACGCGCCUUCCUUACAUCAGAGCUCUGAUAUUACUGGACUCUCUCCUCUCGAAGUCCCUGACAAUAAACACUACCCAAAGACUAUUUUGUAUCCAACCGACUACUUGCCCCGGCUCGUUUCAACUUGGGCUGCGCGUUAUGGAGGUCGCUUCCCUCCUAUCGAAGCAGAAUUCCGCGCUAGCUGGGCUACUUAUGAUGAAAUGAUUAAUACAAUGCCAGCUUACAACGCCGUUAUGAUCUACGAUAUUAGAACCGGGGGUCUUCCCUCGUACCGCGAAGAGGAGCUCAACGUCGGACCAAACGCGACGCGUUUGGCGGUUCCGUCUCCUAGGGCUGUUCUACUAGCAUUAGGUAUCUGUACUAUUUUUGCAUGUGCCAAUUUCACUGUGCCGAUCGGACAGGUGCCGUACCUGUCGCAGGUCACGUUUGUGGAGGAGAUGAUUCCUGUUACAGUGAAUUUGGUAGUGAGGAGGGAGUGCGAUUUUGUGCUAUAUAAUAUAAUUAAGGAGUUGGCGGAUGUAGGGGUGCUGAAGGCUGUUAAGACCGGGAGGACAGCGUUUUAUAAGUUCUAGUAAUCGCGUUAGCAG